AGACGUCAUCGUCGUGCUUCGGUUAUCGCCAAGCAAAAAUGUCUGCCUAAGGGAAACUCGCAAGUUACAUAGUGGAUAUUUGCAAUAUACAAUCGCAAAAGAGACCGAUUUCAUUAUCUUCCCGACGUGAAACAAGGAAGCCUACGCCGUCACUGGCACACCCGAUCGCCCUAGUUGGAUUUUUGACAACAAAAAAGAUUUAGAAAAGGAUCGUAAGGAUGAACCCACAGCAGCGGAUUGCCGCUAUCGGGACGGAUAAGGAGCUGAGUGAUCUGCUGGAUUUCAGCGCGAUGUUUUCUCCACCUGUAAACAGUGGAAAAAACAGGCCGACCACUCUUGGAAGCAGCCAGUUCACCACAUCAGGUAUGGAUGAGAGGACAAGCCAAGCAUCAUGGGCCUCAGGUGGCCAGUCCAGCCCGUCCUAUGAGUCCUCCAGGGGGUUUGGAGACAGCCCUCAUUAUCCUGAUCACUUGAGUGACAGUCGAUUAGUGUCCCAUGAAGGAUUGUCCCCAACACCUUUCAUGAGCUCCAGCAUAAUGGGCAAGUCUGAGAGGCCUCCAUUCUCUGGUUAUGGAAGAGAGCCAGGCGUCUCUGGAUGCCAGUCCAAUCUGAGGUCGGACAUGGGGCUGGCAAGCCCAGGGCCUGUCACCACCUCUGGGAAAUCGCCCACUCCUUUCUACUCUUAUACUGGCUCCAAUCCACGAAGACGCUCCCUUCAGGACUCUGCUUCAAUGGAUCCUCUGCAAACAAAGAAAGUGCGCAAGCCCCCUCCUGGCCUGCCUACAUCUGUGUAUGCACCAUCUCCCAGCUCAGAUGACUUCAACAGAGACUCUCCAUCCUACCCAUCCCCCAAACCGCCCAGCAGUAUGUUUGCAAGCACUUUCUUCGAUGGGACCCACAAUUCCUCUGACCCGUGGAACUCAUCCAGUGGGAUCAGUCAGCCAGGCUAUGGGGGAAUGCUGGGAGGAUCUUCAUCUCACAUGCCACAGUCUGGAAACUACAGCAACCUGCACUCACACGACCGCCUGAACUACCCACCACACUCGGUGUCGCCCACAGACAUCAACGCUAGCCUGCCACCCAUGUCCAGCUUCCACCGCGGCAGUGCCAGCACCUCACCCUUCGUCACCGCAUCUCACACCCCACCAGUCAACACCGCAGAGGGAGUUAUGGCUGCUGCCAACCGAGGGAACGCCACUGGAAGCUCUCAGACUGGAGACGCGCUGGGAAAAGCCCUGGCUUCGAUUUAUUCUCCUGACCACACCAGCAGUAGUUUCCCCUCAAACCCCUCCACUCCAGUGGGCUCUCCCUCUCCUCUGACGGCUCAGGCGGGCGCUGGCACAGCAGGUACAGUGGUGACGGCCAGCGGCCCCACAGGAAGGGCAGGUACAACUCAGUGGCCCCGUGCGACUGGACAGGCACCUUCCUCCCCAAACUACGAGAACUCCCUUCACUCUCUGAAAAAUCGUGUGCACCAGCAGCUUCAUGAGCAUCUGCAGGAUGCCAUGUCCUUCUUAAAGGAUGUCUGCGAGUCUCGAAUGGAGGACCGGCUGGACAGGCUGGACGAUGCAAUCCACGUCCUGCGAAAUCACGCCGUGGGCUCCAGCGACAUCCACAGCCUGUUAGGACAAGCGCACAACGGGCCAAUCUCAGCCAUCGGCUCCAGUUUCCCCGCUUCCGGAUUGGUCACCAACCGAACAGCACAAAUGGGCUCUGUUCAUCGCGAAGAGACCGUCAGCCUGAACAACAACCAUGGCGGUCUGCAGGCCAACGCCGGUCCCACCUCCAGCUCGGAGCUCAACCACCAGGCAGAAACAUUCAGAGGAAUCGCUAGCGCUCUGGCCAGUCAAGUUGCUCCUGCUCUGGACCUGAAGGUUGAGAAUCAAGAAAAAGACGACAUGCAUGAUAACCACUCCUCCGACGACCUCAAAUCAGACGACGAGAGUGAUAAAAGGGAUAUGAAGCAGACUCGGGGAAGCACUCGACCAAGUUGUGAAUCGUUCUGCAGCAGUAUCAAUGAAGAUGAAGACCUGAACCCCGAGCAGAAGGCAGAGCGCGAACGAGAGAGGAGGAUGGCCAACAAUGCCAGAGAAAGGCUGCGAGUCCGGGACAUCAACGAGGCGUUCAAAGAGCUGGGCCGCAUGUGUCAGCUGCACUUGAAGAGCGAGAAGCCCCAGACCAAACUGCUCAUUCUUCACCAGGCCGUCGCUGUCAUUCUCAGCCUCGAACAGCAAGUCAGAGAGAGGAACCUAAACCCCAAAGCAGCCUGCCUUAAGAGGAGGGAGGAGGAGAAGGUGUCAGGGGUUUCAGGUGACCCCCAGCAAGCCCACCCGCCUGUGCACCCGGGCCUCACAGACACAUCCAACCCCAUGGGCCAUCUGUGAACAGCCAGAUCAAAUGGAUCCCGAUGGCGUGUGUUAGACAGAGUCGGUGACCUUGCUUUCCACGGGCGGACAGGACUCACAGUUUGUGACACAAAUUUGAAAAGACAGACCACUCGAAGCAAAAUUCCACCGUUAAGCAAUCCUGAGAUAGAAGAAAACUGGCAAGUGCCCAGCUCCCUGUGAAGACAUCCCAUAUCGAUAAGCAACUUUCUGCCCACCAGAGAAAAAAAAAAAGUAUCAAGCAUAAAAGCCCCUCAGCACAUAUCGCUGUCUGCAAGCCGUGUGCCGCAGCUGUACAAUCAGAGACUGUCGCCACCCCCUCCACCCUGUACGUGGAAGUUGCCUUGUGCCUAAACUGAAUUGACGAAUGCAUUGUAACAGCAAUUGUUUUGUUUUUUUUCUUUUCGUUUUCGUUUGUUUGUUUUUUUUUCCUAUUUAUUAUGUUACUGAGCUGUAAGUCUAUGUUUAAAGGGAAAGUUCUGACAUUGCUAUGAGAAGCUGGUGGCGUUUCAGUAGAUCUGCAGUUUGUCCGUCACAUCAGAGUCUGCGGAAGGGCCUCUCCACUCGAGAUUAAUAUAUUCAGAUCAAAUUCCUUGCCCUCGUGAGAGAAUCUGAACGUACAAAGACUCAAGGAUCCCUGUGUCUAAAAAGAGAAAAAGAAAUAAUAUAUUAUUUAUAUUUAUCAUACAUUCAUUCCACAAAUGACAGCAUGAGAAACCAAAACUACCUAAUGUCGAUAGCGUAGCUCAGAGUCCUCGUCGCAGACGGAAAGCGGAGGCGAGUGAGGCCAAAUGGGAUCAGCCUGUGCGUUUUUGACCGGAUUCCCUGUGUCGUGGAGACGAUGGUGGAACGGCAAACUCUGGCUUUACUGAAAGGUCAAAGGUCGAACACAAGCUGACAUGUUUAUACUCAUUAGUGAGCAGUACAGAUACGGAAAGCAGAACGUUACAAAACCCCAGCAUUCCCUGCAUAUUUCUUAGUGUCUUAAACGGGAAAGGGGACGCAGUCUGGUCCUUUUGAUUCCUUUGCCAUAUAGUGUUAAGGGUAAAGAGAAAGACGUAUUUCCGCUUCAGUUUGUUCGUAUUCAGACGUUGCUUUAUUUGGUCGAACAGCCGUGGUUAUGCCGAGGGCAUCUGUACUGAGGAAUCGCUGUUAUACCGUGAGACAUGGCACUGUUGGAAAAGAGUUGGAUUUAAAACGAAGACCAUUAAUUCACCUGGCCUGAAUUGAAGUUUUGUUUUAUGUUCUUUUGUUUUUCUAAAACCAUUAACAAAUUAAAAAAAGAGACAAAAAAAAGAAAUACUCAAAGUAACCACAUGUUAUAUGUUUUUUUUGUAAUUGUAUACAAAGCAUCUCUCUAGGCUUCAUAGUAAAGCGUAUAUUUGUCGUGUGAAAAUAGAAGGAUGUUCUAAGUUACUUAGAAUGGCUUUGUCUUUCCCCUCAUGCAUUGAAGUACUUGAUACUUGAUCAGCAGAAUGUGAGCGCAAUGUCUGUUUGAGGAAAAAACAAAAGAAAAAAAAAAAAAGAGGAGAA